AAAAAAACCAUUCCUGCGUCAUCAAUCUAGCUUCCUCGUCGAGUCGUCGGUGGUUCUGGCCUCCUCGCCAGUCGCCGGCCACAGAUUACUACGGAAAAGCUGUGCAGUUGAAUUGGAAUAGUCCCCAGGCGCUUAACAACUGGGGACUUGCACUGCAGGAACUCAGUGCGAUAGUCCCUGCUAAGGAAAAGCAUAACAUUGUUAAGACGGCAAUUAGUAAGUUCCGUGCAGCAAUUCAGUUGCAGUUUGACUUUCAUAGGGCUAUUUACAACCUCAGAACUGUUUUGUAUGGCUUAGCCGAGGACUUGCUAAGAAUCGGGGGAUCAGUCAGCCAUAAUGAUAUUUCGCCCAAUGACUUGUAUAGUCAGUGCGCUGUCUAUAUUGCAGCUGCUCACGCAUUGAAGCCAAAUUACUCGGUCUACCGCAGUGCACUGAGGCUAGUCCGUUCUAUGCUUCCUUUGCCCUAUCUUAAAGUGGGAUAUCUGACGGCUCCACCUCCAGGAAAUCCAAUAGGCCCCCAUAGUGAUUGGAAGCGGACACAAUUUGUCCUUAACCAUGAGGGUCUUUAUCAGAUUGUAUCCGAACAAAAGACAUCACGGCAGAGUCUUUCUAGCAAGCAAGUAGAUGGGCCAAAUAUAAAAAAUAGAGCCGUCAAAGUUGACAUCCCUGACAUUGUUUCAGUGUCAGCAUCUGCUGAUCUUACUUUACCACCUGGGGCUGGACUCUUCAUUGACACAAUACACGGACCUGUAUACUUGGUAGCUGACUCGUGGGAAUCUUUGGAUGGUUGGCUGGAUGCAAUUCGUUUAGUUUACACAAUUUUUGCUCGAGGUCUACACUCCGAGGAUUGCGCCUUAUGCGAGGAAUUUGAUGUGGUUCGUGAGCAAUGGGCUAAGUUUUUUACCAACAAGUAUUUAUUAUUGGCUUUAGCGCGCUUGAUCGAGUUGGUUUAGUUGUUAUAGAAUAAAUUUUAUAUUAAAAUGUAUGUUUAUGUUGAAAUUGGAACAUAUAUUUAAAUGUAAUAUGUGCACUUUGGUUUUG